AGCUUUCGUAUUAACGAUAUUCACGACAAGCAGCCGGGAUCUCCGCUAUAAUGGCCUCUAUAAUUCUCUUAUCCUUGCGCCCUAACUCCUCGGCUGCAAUGUUAUAAGUUCCCGUUCACCUUCCAUCCUGACCAUAUCCCCCAUGCGCACCCUUCACCGUGCUUGCGCAUGGAAGCGCGACGACCGUCAGCGAAAGAUAGAUGCACUCCCCGUCACGUACAACGACCCUCUGACCCCUGCAGAAGAGAAAAUCCACGCCCUUCCAUUGGCAUCGCUCGUUACUCAAUGUCGAUCCGGCGUCCUGAACCCUGCGGACGUCAUGCAGGCAUAUGCAAAGAAGAUGCUCGUGGCCCAGAAGGAGUCCAACUGCAUCACUGAUAUCAUGGUCAAUCAUGCCCUCGACUCGUCGUCUCUCGCGCACUACGGUCCAGGUGCCGAUUCAGAUAGUCGUGCGUCAGAUUUCCUUCGUUCACGGCCCCUGCUUGGUGUUCCGGUCAGUGUCAAAGACUCGUUCGACAUAGAAGAUCAUGAUACAACCAUCGGUCUUGCGAGAUUUUCAGACAGACCCGCAAAGAGCUCGGCUUCCAUCGUCCGACUCCUUCGAGACGCCGGUGCCCUUAUCCAUGUCAAGACCACCGUACCCACUGCCCUGUUUUCGAUGGAGACAGAGUCAGAUCUCUUCGGUCGAACGACCAAUCCAUACAAAGCUACGCAUGGUGUUGGCGCCUCUACCGGUGGCGGUGGCGCGCUCGUAGCUUGGGGCGGGAGCAUGGUUGAAGUCGGAAGCGACGUUGCAGGCAGCGUUCGGAUGCCCGCCCAUACCUGUGGAAUAUGGAGCAUGAAGGGAAGCGUCGGCCGCUUUCCGGUGUUGGGCAACAUGUCGCCGAUGACGGGCCUCGAGGCGGUACCUAUACUGACUGGCCCACUGGCGAACAGCUUGGACAACCUAGAGGAGUUCUACAAGCGGGUCAUUGACAUGGAGCCCUGGACGUAUGACCAUACCUGUGUUCCUCUUCAGUGGCGUCCAUUAGACUUCCUGGAAGAAGGGCGAAAGCUGAAAUGGGGUGUCAUAUGGACCGAUAAUACGAUACCCCCAACACCUGCCUGCAAACGUGCUUUAUCCACCGUUGUCGGAGCUCUCAAAGCAGAUGGCCAUGAAGUCGUCGAUUUCUCACCGCCAAUCGAGGAAGUAUUGAGCAUUGGCUAUCAAAUAGUAUUCGCAGACGGAGGUCGUCAAAUCCGCAAUGUCCUUCUUCCCGGAGAAACGCUGAAUGCGGCAUUGGUAUCUGUCUUAAAACAUGUUAGCCGCUCACGCUUCGUGAGAACCGUCCGGAGGUUAUGGUCAUUUAUCGCCAGAAAAACCGAGCUCGAGUUCCCGGACAAUUUGAAGGAGCAGACCAUUGUCGAGGAACGCCAACUAAUCGUCCAACGCGACGAGUUGCGGCAGCAAUGGCACGAAAAGUGGAAGAAUGAGGGUCUUGACUUUGUCUUGACUGUCACCUUGCCUUUUCCCGCACUGGAAAAUGGUGACGGCGAAAAAGCCUCUCUGAUGAGUGCUAGCUACACGUUCCUGUUCAAUAUGCUGGACUAUUCGGCGGGUGUCCUCCCGGUAACGAACGUGCGGAAGGACCUCGAUUCCCUACCCGUGGACUUUGAAUCGACUUUGAUGUAUCAAUCAUUGUCUGCUCCCGCCCGCCAAGCGUGGUCAACGUACAAUGCGGAGAAGAUGGACGGUCUCCCCCUGAGUGUCCAGGUGGUAGGUCGCCGAUUCGAAGAAGAGAAGGUAUUUGCAGGUAUGAGGGUUAUCGAAGCUGCACUCAAGAAGCAGAAGGUGUUAUUUGUUGGUAAGAAGGACGCUGUUUAGGUGCCUCUUACCAUUCUGUUAUUAUUUUCGUUAACUUUAUGUUCCGGCGGCGUUCGUUAUAACUUUAUUUCAAGUAGUGUAGACACCUCUUAACUGCCCUGUAAAAUAGUUUAAUGAAUUUCUGUGUACCUCGCGGAUGUUAUAUCCAGAGACUUGCCGUUAUUAUUGCAAUCCUUUGACAUUGGACAGACAGAUUAGAUACAGGCAUUCAGUAGGCGGCUUUCAGUGACAUACUUGGACACACUUUACAGCCUCAAUCUGCCGUCAUAGAAUACC